AUUUUACUACUGUGAUUAAGAACCAUCUACACCAGAAGUACAUACUUAGGCAGACAGCUACUAAAUUGUGUUACACAAAAUUCUUCAGUCUCUAAACUUUCUUUUGUAUGUGAGAGAGUACUGGCAAAAUAAGCUUCUGUUUUUGAUUGGCUCAAUCACUUAUGAUAACAUGUUUAAACUUAUGUCCUGGACGUUUGUGAAUUUAGCCUAAUUUCAAUGGUUGGUCCUUUUAGUAUAGCUAUUUUGGAAUUCUUCACAUUUAUAUUUUCAACCUGUUUAAAUACUGACAGAAACAUGUGCAAACUACUCCUUUUCAGCACUGAUUGAGUCAACAUUACGAACAACCAAAUGUUUCUAACUUUAAGAUGAUUAAGUAAUGUUCAGAGACCUGUUAUCAGGUGUCAUCCAUGGCUCACCAUUAUAGUUUUCAUGAAAUUUAAGCCAAAUUGUUGACCCUAGUUUUUUUCAUUUAAUAGUUCCCAUUAUUUGUGGCUAAAGCACAACAGCCAGACAGAUUCAGAAUAGUCAUGUUUGUUGCAGGCAGUAAUACACUAUUUUAGUGAACAAUUUAUUCACUUUCCAUGAUUAUUCACCAGACCAACAAAACACUCAGAAAGUAAGUAUUAGGCAAUUUCUCGGGAAAAUUAUAUAUAAAUGUAGCCUUCACCUUUGAACACUGUGGACACAAUUUGAUCUGAAAUAUGCUUACAAUUAACUUUGCAGGGUCACUUACUGGGAAUAGUAAUAAUUACAAGAUGUCUGACAGUAAAUAUGCAUCUAAAAUUUGACUUGGGUCUCACCAUUAACUAUAAGGUAUACAAUCUAGAAUAUCCCCAUAUUUACAGAUUUUUAAAGUUUAUCUAGUACACAGCAGAAUUCAGAGGAUAUGGGCCCCAUCAUAGCUGAAUAGUCUGAUUUGUCAGAAAGUAUUUAAGAAAUAUGCUACUGAGACCCAGAGAUCUAAAUCAACCCUUAGUUCACUGUGACAGACCUAAAGAUGGGUUUGCUCCUGAACUCUGUGAGUAGGGGGGCUUAGAUGACUCUAAGAGUUUGCAGUGUGAGGCCAUCAUUAAGGCUAAAGAUUCUUCCAACAAAUCCUAGGAGCUGCCACAUCAGAUAUUGACAUUUGAAGUGAAAAGUUGUCAGGGCACUUUCAUAGUCUCCUUACUUUUAUUUUGUAGAUGACAGAAAAAAGGUAAAUUAAGUACAGUAUCCUCACAGAAGGGCACAAAACAUAGGAUUCAUGUUGUUCUGCCAUCUAUGAUCAGAAUGAAGAGACAAGAAAAAUCCAGAUGUGUCUUAAGAAUUUGCCUUUCCAUUUCUGUUAUUUGACAUAGAGAAGGAGGAGAUGCAAACCUUGGGACCUGUUCAGCACAUGCAUCGGCCAGAUGAUCAACCAAUGUAAAUCAGUUUUAACUCUAUUGAUUUCAGUGUAGCUAGUUUAUACCAGGCAACAAUCUGGCCCCAUAUACCUCAGUAGUGACUCCAAAUAUUAAAACUAAAGAUUGUUGACUGCAGUGAUUCUGCAACAAAAUCCCUCAAUUUACAAGCUAAUUCCACAGUACAAAUAACGCUCAUUUGGAGGAUUUUUUUUCUUUCCUAAAAUGGCUGUGCUUCAUGGUCUAAUUCAUCUGUUCAUAGCAUCUGGUAUUAGAGCAAAGCUAAUUUCAGAAAAUCAAUUCACCAUAGAAUAUUUGCAGUGUGUUCAGAAUGGUGCGUUGGCAGCUCCUGUUAUGAGUUUAUUAGUAUAGAAUAAAGAAUGCCUGAGUUUAGCAGACAGUGGGUGUCACCACUCAUUCCUCUUGAACCCUCUGUGUUUCAGUUGCAAUGUGCUGUAGUGUCACUUUUCAGACAUCAGCCUCUAUAUACAUGGACGCUUUUGCAGUAAAGUAAGUUUUUUCUCAGAACAGUUUCCCUGUAGGAGGAUUUGCAGUUUACAGACCGCAGUGUUUUGAAACAAUUCAGGACAUCUGUUUACUUCACUAUCUAGUGAGUUUUACUACUGUUGAUUUCACCAUUUAUACGUUCCUCUGUGAACCAUUUUCUCAGCAUUUCAACCACUAAUGAAGGGCCAAAUACCCACUUGCCUUAUUUACACAAAUGAUCCCAUGGACUUCAGUGGAACUAGUCAUCUGAGUAAGGAACUUGAAAAAAAAUUAAAGAGUUCAUCAGAUGCCUUGCUACUACUGGAUAUUUUGCAGAAGACUAUUCUUCACCCCCUAUGCCUGAAAUAUCCCCCUUCCUUGAAGUACAGAAGAUGCUUCAUAUCUGAACUCAUUAAAAAGCAUGAGUCCGUAGCAACCGAACCCCUGGAUGAAUUGUAUGAUGUACUAGCAGAUAUUUUAAAUAAAGAAGAAUCUACCAACUGUUAUAAAAGCUACUUACUGCCCACAGGAGACUCUGUUACACUUUCUGAGACGGUGGCAAUAAUCUCACAGGGAACCACAGGACUAGUCACGUGGGAUGCUGCUCUUUAUCUUGCUGAAUGGGCAAUAGAGAAUUCUGCCAUUUUCAAUAACAGGACUGUCUUGGAAUUAGGAAGUGGGAUUGGCCUCACAGGAAUUGCAAUCUGUAAAACCUGUAAUCCUAAGGCAUAUGUGUUUAGUGACUACCAUCACUGUGUUCUUGAGCAACUGAGAGAAAACAUCCAUUUAAAUGGCUUUGUUCUGGAGUCUGAAACUGAGAAUCACACCAAAAUGCAAUCCCAAAGCCAGAGGGCAGAAGUGAUGGAUUUACAAGGACCAAAAAUAACAGUUGCAGAACUUGACUGGGAUUCUGUUGCAGAGGAACAACUUUCAGAGCUUCAAGCUGAUGUUGUCAUUGCAGCAGAUGUGGUGUAUGAUCCCCAGAUAACUUUAUCCCUUAUCGGUGUCCUGCAGCAACUUUCCAUUUCCAAAACUGCUGGAAAACCACCUGAGAUCUACAUUGCCUUCACAGUUCGUAAUCCAGACACUUAUCACCUCUUCCAGACUGAACUCGAUAAAGUUGGGAUCGGAUGGCAGGUUCUUCCUACUCACACAAAGAACCUUUUCCUAUAUGACCUGCAUUCAAACAUAACUCUUCUAAAAUUACUUGUGUAGACUUUGUAAAUCCAAUAUUACUACUAGACAUUUUGACAGACUAAGCAUAAGAUCUGUCAUGAUCAUGCCAAUGACCUUGAAUUCUGGACAUGUACUUGAGUGGCAGACUCAGAAAGCAAGUUUAAGCUUUGUACAUUGUCAGUGUGUUUUAGGCCCCAAUGCUGCAAUUGAUAGUGGGUGCGUGGACAGCCUCACCUGUGUGUAGGCCUGCUGCCUCCAGUGUGGUUCCUUGGGAGUCCAUAGGUUGUCAGUUGCAGGAAUGGGGCCUCAUUCAGACUGAGAUUUUACUCUUCCAGAGGGCACAAGGAAGUAAACUGUAGUGUUUCUAUGGUGUUGUGAUAUGCACACAUUGGAAAUAAGUUUUGUGACACCAAAAAUAAUGACUCUCUUCCCAGCAUGGUGAAAUAGAGUAAUGAACAAUUUUAUAUAUUAAAGAAUAAUUUAUAUUUGCUAUUGUUUUUGAGCCAUGAUCUGUUCAUUCAGACUUUCUGCAGUGCUUGUCGUCCUGUCACAACUCGAAUAAUAGAAUAGCUACAAUAAAUGCAUUGCUGUUUAUACAGUG